AUGAGCUUCGAUCAUAGAGUUAAAGUACGUACUGCUUAUUGUUACAACUGUCCUAAACACGGUUAUGCCAGACAAGCAGCAAGAUUUUCGAAUUCUUCUUCUUCAUACAUGAAGAACGAAGAAGAAGAAGAAGACUUUUGGAAUCAUUGUUCUGUCAUAUUAGGAAGUUCGAGUAUCAAUGGAGUCAGUCAGAUAGCAUCUACUAAGCAAAUUUAUAGAAAAAUUUUAUGGGUGAUUGUUUUUUCUGGAUGUAUGGCAGGAUUCCUUUUUCAAACAAUUAGUUUCUUAAUUCAUUUUUCCAAUUAUCCAACAACUGUUGAAGUUCUUGUGUUGAAUGAAGGAGUUUUGGAAUUUCCAUCUGUAACCAUUUGCAAUUCUAACAGGAUUCGCAAAAGUCAAUAUUGUAAAUACUUGGAAAGCAAACCAAAUGUGAAUAAAACCUGUCCCGAUGUAAUGUAUUUUGGAUAUUAUGAUGUAAUUCUUUAUCAGACGAAGAAAUUAUGA